GUUCCGUAGAUGCAAGUAAUGCUGUGAAGUACUGAGGAAGAAGCACUGCAUGAAAUCAUCACCUUGGGGCACAGAGCUUUGAUAAAAAAAAAAUUUUUUAAAACAUUUUUUUGUACUUUUUAGAUUUUCCCAUCUGCCACUGCCAUCAAUCAAACUUAAGAUGACAUUGAUGGGUUCUUCCUUCUUUAUCCUGGGUUUGGUUGUGGCUUCUGCCACAGCACAAGGGGAAACAACAACCAUGACACUGUCCACAGUUCCAAUGAAAAUGAACAACGAAAUGACCAUCAAUAACGCCACCACUGUAAACGCCAACCUCAGCAGAGAUAUCACCAACACCACUACCAAUAUCAACCACACCACCACCCAGACCAGCGCCAUCAACGUCACCAGUACCCCCAGUACCACCAGUGGCAUGAACAUAACCAACGCCACCAGCACCAUCAUGCCCUCAACAACAAUGCAGAAAGGUGGUGUCACUAAAGAUGGCAAGGCUCCCACAGUUAAACCCAUUAGUCCUUCUAGAACCACGUCUGCUUCCACAACAAAAAGCAACACAAAGGACAAAGAAACCACUGACAACAGACGUAAUGCAGGAAGUAACAGCACUGGUAUUAUCAUCUUCUUCGUGAUCAUCCUUAUAGCUUGUGGACUUGGAAUUGGUUGGUACAUCACACGGAAGAGAGGAAACAGACGCUACUCUGUUGACUUCACUCCCAGCCCAGAUGGAGCCAACAUCCCUCUCAGCACUGUUGAGCCUGAGUUGCCUGUCGAUACUGUUCCUCAGAAUGGUCUGCAAACUUCUGAAAAUACAGAAGCUACUAAAAAAGAGUCCCAAGAGCCAGAGGCAAAACCUGAAGUCCAAGAGGAGCAGAAACAUGAGACUGAAGCUGACAAAUCUGUUGUUGAUCCCGGCGCUGAGUCUGCAGCUCCGGCUCCUUCUCCAGACAGCUCUGGGGACAAACCCAAAGAGGACGUCGUAGAGCAGAGUCCUCCUGCACCUGUGGAGCCGAGCACGGAGGAGAAAACUGAUGAUGAAGGCGUCGUGUCCAACAAGACCUCAGUGGAAUCGCUGAAGGAGACAAAUGAGAACAACAGCAAUAAUACUGACUUCAGUCAGGAGAGAGAUCUGGAGUCGAGCUACACCUUCUGGGACAUUCCCCUCAACUGCCCAGUGUGACAUUAUUGUCUCGCUCCCCCUGUCCUGUUCCUCAAAAACUUGAUUGAAGAAAAGACUCAUAAACUCAAGCGAACAAAGGACUCUUCUGUUCAUUCUGUGUGCAAAGCUUAGUUGGCUCUUGCCUUCUUGUUGGAAACUAGUUUGAUGUAACAGCUUUUUCCAAAUCAAAUAUCAGCUGGGCCCAGGUUUUACUUACUGAUUUCACUGAUAACAGAAUUUGUGUGUAUUGAAAAGUAUUUUUAAAUUAUUUUUUAUUAAUGACCUUAUUGAUGGUGAAUACAUGAUGUAAAUAAAUUCAUGUUGUUACUUUUCAGUAUUAGUGUAAAUACAAGCAUUGGCAGUGUACACUCACUGUCACUUCCCAAAGAUAUCCUCAAGUGUGGGCUUGCAACCUGGCAACCUAAAACUACUCUUCACACACUCUUUACAUUUUACAACAAAUUCAGAAUGCGGUAUGCGUUUGUAAUUUUCCAUGUUCUUCCCAUUCAGGUCUAUUAGUAAGUUUCCGUUAUGCUAAAAAAUUGCUAUGAUGUGAAGGUUAUUUGAUUGUAUUAAAUAAAAGUACUCUAACUUUGU